GGAAGUAGCAAAUUAGUCCGCGCAGCAGCCGUGAUGCUGUUUGUCCGUCUGGGCUCACUAACCGACAUGGAUGUUCCUCUCAGAGUUCUUCUCAUCCUCGCUGGACUCACAGGAAUUCACAGCAUAAGAGCCAGUGAAGUGUCAGUGAAGGCUGGUGGUUCAAUCUCAAUCCCGUGUCUCUAUUCCUCACAAUAUACAAACCAUGUGAAGUACUUGUGUAAAGGAUAUUAUUGGAUCUCCUGCACUUAUGAAGUUAGAACAGACCAAAACAACUCAGCAAAGUUUUCAUUAUCUGAUGAUAAAAUCCCAAAAAUCUUCACUGUGACUGUAAAUGAACUGACAAAUGACGACUCGUAUUACUGGUGUGGUGUGGAGAAUAAUGAUGGACCAGAUAACGGGUAUGGUUUUCACCUGUCAGUCACCACGGGUACACGCAGUCUCUACGUGGAUAAUCAAGAGAAAACAGCAUUUCUAGGAGGUGACGUAACCAUCAAAUGCCACCAUCAGCGUAACCCUGGAGAAAUGAGGUGGUGCAGGAUGGGCAGCUCCUGUGUGACUCAACCGUCUGGAUCAAUAGAUGGAACAGAGGUCACCAUCGAUACAAAUGGCCCCAAUGUUUUCAGCGUGACUAUGAGAGGACUGAAGACGGAGAGCAGCGGCUGGUAUUUAUGUGUCAGUGGAAACCUCCAGUUCCCUGUGCGCCUGACUGUUACUGAGCAACCUAACACAAAAGCACCGUUACAAGAAACAACGCAUACAGAGAAUCUCUCCACCUUUUUACCCGGAACAACACCUACGACAGUUCAGAAGGGACAGAACAGAAGUGCUUCAUUUGGCCUAACGGAAACCCUCAUCCUUACGAGUGUGUUGAUCUUCACUUUAAUGGUCGCCUUGUGCUUCUGCCUCAUGUUGAAAAGACACAAGCAGAAUAAAUCAGCAUCUUCAGCAAUGAAGGAGGCUGAAGAGGAAGUAACAUACAGUGUCGUGAAGCCCAGGAGGAAACCUUCAAGCCAGCGGUCAUAUGUUGAGCAGGAUGCGGAUGUGACGUAUAGUACUGUGGUUUCCAUGAGGCAACAAAGGGUUCAAAGGGUUGAAGCAGAUGAGGAGAAUGUCACAUACAGCACAUUGGCUUUGGACUAGUUCUGCUAAGCACACGUGACGCCUGUUUGUUCCACCUUGUCCCUACUUAUAAUGUUCUACAAGUUCUCUUUGAUUGUUUAACUAAAACAAAAAGGGGGUUUUGCCAGGAUAUGAGAAAACAUUUUAAUUUUGCUUAUUUUAAAGAGCCAAUCCUCCAUAUUUUAUGCUAAUUUACAAUAAUAUUAUGUUACGUUAAAAUGGCAUGUCUGAUCACAGACAGACAUAAUAAGACUCCAAGCAUUAGGGUUGUAGAGAUACGGAGACGGACGAGUCUGAGGAUUGAAAGGACCACGAAGAGGUAGUGCAGGGACACUAGCAGUGGGACACGGUCUCAUGAGUGUGUGUGUGUGUGUGUGUGUGUGUGUGUGUAGGCGCGAGGAGACAGAACGGGGGGUGUGAGACGGAGUCAACGGACAGCAAUGAGGAAGCCAGGCCGACAUCGACGUAGCACAGAGGGCGGGGGUGCUGGUGAAGGGGGGGUAGUGUGAAAUUAUCAAAAGGACAGUUCUGUUUGGACAGAGGGGGGAGGUUUCACUCAAUCGGAUGAUGAAAGAAAUGUAUAAACUAACGUGUUGUAUCAUCGCCUCAUUAGUGUCUGAGAGGAAAGCUCAGUUUAUUAGUGUGUGUGUUGCUCCAAUAAAUAUCUGUGAAUUGAAGAA